UGGAGAAUUAUUUAAGAUUUAUAUGCAUUGAUUGUGCAAAGAUUAUACUUUGUUGAAGUUCUACAUUUAUUAUUGUUUCAGUCUAUAUAUAAAUGUUGGUUUUUUGUUUUUUUGGCUGGUUUCUCCUUUGCAGAUUAAACGUGAAAUUUCAACUAUGAAACUGAUCAGACACCCAAACGUUAUCCGUAUGUAUGAGAUGAUGGCUACCAGGACGAAAAUAUAUAUAGUCAUGGAAUUUGUGACCGGUGGGGAAUUGUUUGACAAAAUUGCAAGUAAAGGAAGGUUGAAGGAAGAUGAAGCUAGAAAGUAUUUUCAGCAACUUAUUAAUGCUGUGGAUUACUGUCAUAGCAGAGGUGUAUUUCAUAGAGACCUAAAGCCAGAGAAUUUACUGCUGGAUGCUAAUGCAGUUCUUAAUGUUUCGGCUUUUGGAUUAAGUGCACUACCACAACAAGUUCUAGUGAAUAUGAUGACUUAAUGUGAUGCAGGGAGUGCAAUAUCAAUUCAAUUUAAUUUUAGAAGUCCAUUUUCUUUUUAUUAUUGGUCUAUUGAAUUAUUUUAAGUCUUGUUAGCUAGUUAAGUUAUUAAGGUUGUUUUUGUAAUUGCAUAAUUGGGUUUUGGCCCAAGUCAAUCAGGGUUAUUAGAGUUCAGUCCAAGUAGUCAAUGGGGGUAGUACUAUGAUUGAUGUAUAAAAAUUUGUUGGUAUUAUGCCAAUGGCUUAGUGCUGAAUCUGCUGAUUCCAGAAAAGGAUGCACUAGGUGCUAAUUCCAAGCAACCCUUGGUUUGAUUCCAGGUUUAUCCUUUGCUUUCUAUUCUAUUUGUUCCCGCAAAAGAUUGUAUUGCAUCAAUUUUGGUAUUAGACCGUUAAUUGUUCUGCAUCAUAUUGCCUCAUAGAAAAAAAUUGUGUUUAUGCACUCAUUCAAAAAAAUAAAAAAUAAAGUUUUUAUCCUAAAAGUUGCACAAAACUCUUGCCAAUGAGUCCUGGUUCAAAUGUUAGUUUCUCCUCUUACAAGUGUGGGUAGAGUAUGGGGUCGUAGGUUCAAAAUCCACUGAUGGGUCUGUAAUUUACCUUUAAAAAAAAGUUAUGCAGAACUUAAUAUAAAGAGGUGUUGGUGGCCACUGGCCACUGGGCCCUAGAAGCCCUACUUCUCCUGUGGCUACCACACUGUUUUUGGGUUAUAUCGGUACUAUGGUGAAUUAUUAGGCAGGUUUACUUAAUUUAUCUGUGAAGGUACUGUAACUGAUUAACUAAUCCCUCUAUUUAGGAAGAUGGAUUGCUUCACACAACAUGUGGUACACCAAAUUAUGCUGCUCCAGAGGUGAUCAACAACAAAGGCUAUGAUGUAGCAAAGGCAGAUCUGUGGUCAUGCGGUGUGAUUCUUUUUG